UUGGAUCUACUGUUAUUCUGAGCUUGUGUGUGUGUGUGUGUAUAUGUGUGUGUGUGUGAGUGUAAUGCAAUGGGCUGCACUAGCUCUUGCUCAGGAUCCAGCAGCCCAAAGCAGGGCUCGAGUGCGCGUGCGCUACUUCACACUGAAUUAACAGAGCAGGACUUUACAAGGGCGGAGACAGAAAGCAAACUGCAGCACAUCAGUGACAGAGAGAACGCUGAAGACCAUAUUUUGGAGAGCAACCCUUCCGACCAUCCACGAGCCUGCACUUUAUUCAUCAGCAAGUCACAAACAGACAUCCAGGAUAGAAGGAAGAGGCUGUGUGUUAAUCACCAUGGCAGGAGCAGAAAAAUCUAUAGUUCCUGUUCCACUAUCUUCCUGGAUGAUAACACAGUCAGCCGACCAAACCUUAAAUUCACAAUCAAAUGUGUCUCCUUGGCCAUCUAUUACCACAUUAAAAACAGGGACCAGGAUAGCCAAUCACUGCUGGACAUCUUUGAUGAAAAACUCCAUCCUCUGACAAGAUGCGAGCUACCUGAAGACUAUGCUAAGCAGAAUCCAGAGCAGAGGCAUAUCUAUCACUUCAUCCAAACACUGUUUAGCUCCGCCCGGCUAUGCCCAGAAUGUGCCAUCGUCACACUGGUGUAUCUAGAGCGCUUGCUGUCGUAUGCAGAGAUCCCCAUGUGUCCUAGGAGCUGGAAGCGCAUGGUACUCGGAGCCAUCCUGCUGGCCUCUAAAGUCUGGGAUGACCAGGCAGUGUGGAAUGUGGACUACUGUAACAUCCUUAAGCAUGUUACAAUAGAGGACAUGAACGAGUUGGAGCGAGAGUUCCUGGAGCUGCUGCAGUUCAAUAUCAACGUUCCAUCCAGCAUUUACGCCAAGUAUUACUUCGAUCUGCGUUCGCUCGCAGAGGCCAACAACUUCACCAGCCCUACAUUGGCUCUAAGCAGAGACAGAGCGCUUCAACUGGAGGCAAUGUCUCAGCUGUGUGACGAAUACAGAAACAUCAAGAAAACAUUACAUAAACGUUCCACCAGUGCUGAUAACUUGUGUGUAGCAACAUGGGUUCCGGCUAUUCUAUCCUAA